AUGAGCGUACUAGUUCGACCGGCCCCAACUGGAAAGACACCUCUUGUGUCACAGGGCGAGACAGCGGCCGCCUUGCGCGCCGUCCAGGACACCCCAAGGGACGUCCCAUUGCAUCUCGUCCUCUCCUCCAUGUCUCUGGCCAAGCAACUAGUUGCGAAGCUGCCAGUCUGGGAGGACCGUGGCUGGAUAGGAGUGGAAGGCGCCCCCCUCACGCGUGCCCUGGUGAACCAACUCCGGCAGAGGUGUGCUCCGACAACCUUGCGUAAGGUAGCGUGCCUAAAGGAGUUCGAGAUACGGAACGAGGCCUCGGAACUGGCAAAGACGCGCUUCCUCGCUGGACAGUUAGAGGAAGUCGCCCCCACGAUAGACAGAAAUUUCGACCUCUCCGGGGCGAAGCUGGCGUCCCUUACCCAGGCAAUAGCGUACAGGGGCAUCAUGUCCAUUCGCGACCCGCCAAAUCGCCCGAGGACGGUCGGACAGGUUGGAAGGACGCUGAACGCCCUUGGAGGCCCGGCGUCUCCGCCUCCGCCUGCCCAGCUCCUCUGGCGCAGCAUACGGGACAGAGACAUCCAUAGGCGGAUUGUAGACUUUCUCUGGAAAGGGCUGCAUGACGCACUUAAAAUUGGGGCAUUCUGGGCCCCCAUCCGAGGCUUUGAAGACCGAGCGGACUGCCAGACGUGCGGUGCGCGUGAGUCUCUAGGACACAUCUUAGCGGAGUGCCGAGUUCCGGGCCAGGACCUCGUAUGGUCCCUCACGGGCGCGCUCUGGAAGAAGAAGGCGGGGGCUUGGAAGAAACCGUCAGUGGAGGAAGUCCUCGCGGUGGGCCUGGGUUGCUAUCCCAAACCGAACAAUGCUAAAACAAAACACGCCCUGGCGCGACUAUGGCGAAUUGUGAUCUCCGAAUCGGCCUACCUCAUUUGGAAGCUACGAUGUGAACGUGUAAUCGAACAUUCAGAUGAACCUGGGUGGACUCACUCGAAGACGGAGAUCACGAGAAGGUGGUAUUCCUCUGUGAACAGGCGCCUACAGAUUGAUCUCAUAGCGACUCGUAAGAGUUUCGGGAGGCUAGCAAAAUCCAGGCUCCUCGUCCUGUCCACCUGGACGGGCACCAUCAGUGACGAGCUUGGCCUCGUGGAGGACUGGACAAAAUUACCAAGGUUUUUAGUGGGUAUUGACCCGGACUUCUGUCGCACGGCGAUAGACCCGGGAUAG